UAACCAUAUAUUUCUAGUUUACAUCUCUUAUUUUAUAUAAAAUAUUUAUAUUGAUACAACGUAUACUUUAAGUUAAUAUGAUAUACAUAGAAUUAUAGAAAAAAUGAUUUGCUAUUCCAUUAAAAUGCAUAGCAUGUAAAACUUUUUAUUUCAAGAAUUAACAAAAUACAUCCAAAAUUUAAAAACAAUAUCUAAAUUAAUGUCUUUUUUUAGUUUCAAAAUGUUACGUCCAAAUCUAUUAACCAAUCAAUCUAUUAAAAAUAAAAAAUUAGUUAAGUGAAAGUUAUAUUUUAAAUACAAAAAAUUUGAGAAAUGAAAAUUUUAAUUUUUUUUUUCAAAAUCUAAAUAUCCGAACCCGAGCUAAAAAUACCCAACCCGAUCCGAAGUACAGAAAUACCCGAACGGGUACCUUAAGGCCUACCCCUAGUUUCGGUGAUAUAAAUAUAUUUAGCAAGAUAGAGACUCCUAUUCAAUGUUAAAAAAAAAAAAAAGAGACUAUCAAUGGCGCUAAACGUGAUCGAGAACGUCCGAGUCAGGCCUGCUACCAAAUCGUCCGAUGACUCAGUGGACUCCUUCAGUCUCCCUCUAAACUUCUUCGAGUUACGCUGGAUAAAAUUCCAUCCUAAUCAGCGAGUCAUCUUCUAUAGACACACCGAGUCAUCAUCCGAGACAUUUCACUCUCACAUCCUCCCAAAGCUCAAGCUCUCUCUCUCCCAUGUCCUCCGCUACUACCUCCCACUUGCAGGCCUCCUCACGUGGGACCCAAAAGAUCCAAAGCCGUCCAUCAUCGUUUCCAAGAAUGACACGGUGUCUCUUACUGUAGCAGAGACCGACGCAGACUUCUCCUUUUUAACCAGCAAUGGACUACGUCCUGCGAGCCUGUUUCAUCCUUUGGUACCUGAGUUAGAAAUCUCUGAUGACUCGGCGACCCUUCUUUCUGUGCAGAUCACGUUGUUCCCGAACCAAGGAUUCUGUAUCGGCAUUGCAUCGCACCACUCUGUCAAUGACGGAACAACGUCAGCAAUGUUUAUUAAAUCAUGGUCUCAUAUUUGCAGAUUGCAAGAAAAUAGCAACGCCAUGGAGUUUCCUCUUCUUCCGGAGGAUCUUACUCCGACGUUUGAUCGUACGGUCAUCAAUAUUCCAUCCGGACUCGAGUCAAAAAUGAUCGACUUUUUGUCGUCUCGAUCAAAGGACAGCGACAACCUUAAAACCCUGAAGCCACCACCCCUCGAUGAGAUAAGCUCCGACGUUGUCCGUGUCACUCUUGAGUUAACUUCGGAGAACAUAGAGAAACUCCGGGAACGAGUCAGGAACGAAUUAGCUCGCUCUCCGCUCGAGCUUCACUUGUCAGCCUUUGUCAUCGCGUAUGCUUACUCAUGGACGUGUGUAGUGAAAGCGCGUGGAGGCAACCCGAACAGACCAGUACGCUUUAUUUAUACAGCAGACUUUAGGGCUCGUUUAGACCCGCCAUUUCCUGCUACAUACUUUGGGAGCUGUGUGCUACCCUCAGGCUGGUUCCAGUACGAAGCGGGAACAUUUCUGAAAGAAGGUGGUUUUGUUAAAGCAGUCGAGAUUCUAAGUGAUUCAGUCAAACGUUUAGGUUCGCAAGGGAUAGAGUCAUUCUUUGAAGACUAUGUGCAGAGAGGGAAGAAUAUUAUACCAGAUGCACAGGCGGGAAGUGUGGCAGGGUCAACCCGAUUAGCGAUAAACAGGACAGAUUUUGGAUGGGGCAGACCUGUUAAAACAGAGUUUGUGUCCAUUGACCGCAAUGAAGCAUUCUCUAUGUUGGAAAGGAGGGAUGACUCGGGUGGUGUGGAGAUUGGAGUGUGCUUGAAGAAGGGCGAGAUGAAUACUUUUCUUUCUUUAUUUAAAGAUGGCCUAAGCGAUUAGGCUUUAAUAGUGAGAGGCCUAAGCAUCAUCUCCCCAGGCAUAUCAUGGACUACCUUGCCUUGGAUCUUUCGUAUUAUUGUUGUAUGGUUCUUAUUUCGAUUAGUUACUUUUUUUUUUUGUUGGGGCUUUAGCAAGACUUUCAUUGUAAACUUUCAGUGUCUUUUGAUUAGUAACAAAGAGAACUACUAGAGAUAUCUUGACCGAAAGAUGUG